AGAAGCCGGAAGUUGUCCCCACAGAACCGCGCGGCUGUUAGGGUGGCGAGUGGAGGCUGUGGUAACCGGGUGUUUAGGGUUCUUGGCCCGGUAGUUGCGGCGAGGGUCGGUGUAAGGGGCUCCGGGAUUUGGGGCGGGGAUAAUGGCAUCUCGGGCAGGCCCGCGAGCGGCCGGUACCGACGGCAGCGACUUUCAGCACCGGGAGCGCGUCGCCAUGCACUACCAGAUGAGUGUGACCCUCAAGUAUGAAAUCAAGAAGCUGAUCUACGUGCAUCUGGUCAUAUGGCUGCUGCUGGUUGCCAAGAUGAGUGUGGGACACCUGAGGCUAUUGUCGCAUGACCAGGUGGCCAUGCCCUAUCAGUGGGAAUAUCCGUAUUUGCUGAGCAUUGUGCCCUCUCUCUUGGGCCUCUUCUCCUUCCCUCGAAACAACAUUAGCUACCUGGUGCUCUCCAUGAUCAGCAUGGGGCUCUUUUCCAUAGCUCCUCUCAUUUAUGGCAGCAUGGAGAUGUUCCCUGCUGCACAGCAGCUCUACCGCCAUGGAAAGGCUUACCGCUUCCUCUUUGGUUUUUCUGCCGUCUCUGUCAUGUACCUGGUGUUGGUGCUGGCAGUCCAAGUGCAUGCCUGGCAGUUAUACUACAGCAAGAAGCUCCUAGACUCUUGGUUCACCAGCACACAGGAGAAGAAGCGUAAAUGAAGCCUGCCUGAUGGACUGCUCUGUGGGGUUGAAGCCUGGGCCUCCCAUUGAGUGGAGUGAGAAGUAGAGGAGCUGCUCUGAAAUCUUUGGUGAUUUUGUCAGCUGUGAUGUUGGCAGCUAGUGCAAACGCAGUCCACGUUCUGGAAAGCCCCUCCUGUUGCCAUCAGCUAAGGUGGCAAAACUAUAUUUAACUUAUUCCUGGUUGGCUGGAACUGGGUGAUCAACAACUGUAGAACAAACUUGUUGAAGUUGAAGCCCUUCUGGGGUUUUCUUUAAGACCGAGCCUCAUCCUUGCCUCUUGGUCAUUCUCUCCACUUUCAUCAAUUACCCCUUAGCCACCAAGACUGAAGGAGAUAGGGAAUAAAUCAAAUUCUACUUCAAUCUAUAGAUUGUGGGGCAGGAAACAUUUGCGAGGCUCCCCCUGCAGGCUGUGGCAUUUUAAUGAAAAGAACUUCAAUAAAUUUAGAACUGCCUUGUCCACCCUGUGCCUUGUGUUGGGAUUUGACAGAGUGUGAAAGGUAUGUUGCUUGAGUGGCCUUAGGCCCUAGGAGGUAGGUAGUUUCCUGAGAAACCUGGAAAUAGCCAUAGAGAAGUGAAGUGGGCAUAGGGAACAUAAGUCAUAGUAGCAGCCCUGCAACUGAUUACCAGAAACUACCAUGGGCCGUACAUUUAAUCUCCACCUGUAAAAUGGUCCAGUCUCAUUUAUCCUGCUUGGGUUAUGGGUUCUUUUGGUUGGAUAUUCAUGUUUAUCAUUCACUGUUAACAGAUCGUCAGUUAUGUGUCUAAUAAUAUAUUAUGGCAUCCAAAAGAUUUUUAAAGUAUCCCUGCAUGUAAGGGAGCUUGCAAUCUGGGUGAAGCAUGAUAUACAUGUGAAACAACUAAUGAGCACGGGAUCUGAUGGCAUGGAACAGAUAAGUUAAAAAUGGAAAUGGGAAAGAGACCUGUGAACUAAAGGCUCUUUUCACACCUAAAAGUCUGACAUACAGUAAAUAUUUAUUGCAGGAAA